GUCGCUUGCCCCAGCUGCAGGCGCGUGAUGCGCUGGCGCGCUGCUGCCGGCAGCACCGCGUCCAUGCCUAGCAGCUGCAGGCCAGGAAGCAGCUCGCUUGUGCUGUACGAUCGCCGUAUGAUGGUGGGGGCCUGCAGGAUGCGCAGGCUGGUGCAGCGCGGGAAGCGGCCCAACGGCGGGCACGAGCGCGGCGGGGCCUGCGCCCAGUCCUCGGCCGCGCCGGCGCUGAGCUGCACGACCAGCUCCGUCACCUCGCGGUCAUGCAGAUCGCGCAGAUCGCGGCAGGCCAGCCGGCAGCCCGUAAGCUUCGUCGAAAACGUGCCGCCAAAAACGAGCUCGAGAGCAUCGGCCGACAGCGCGCGCAGCAGGUCCGGGAGCGCGAUUGCGCUAGUACAGGGUGGCUCCAUAUAAUUGAUAGAAUGCAUUCAAAAGCUGUUAGGAGGUCCGGGAGAAAAGCUGUCGGCAAAUGUCUAAAUGUCGCACUGGGCAAGAUGAUUGGUUCAAGUAAGGGUUCUACUGGGCACUAGUUAAAGCAGAAGAACAAGCUGUGCGGGCGCGUGCGGCAGGUUGUGUUGCGCAUCGACGCAGGGCUGGGGCUAGGUGCUGGGUGCGGUUCGGGUUAGAGAAGGGAGGGCUGUGAGCUGCGUGUGGGUUCUGAGCCGCCCGCUGACAGCAACGCUGAGCCCAUGAGCAUGUCGCAGGGGUGUGCUGUUUCUCUGUAACGGAAUGCCGCG